AUGGCAGCUUAUGCCGGGAACUCGGACCCUAGCGAUCACCUGUCUCGAUUCAACCGAGUAAUGACGGUCAUGAGAGUCAGCAAUGACACCAAAUGUUUAUGCUUCCCGCUAACGUUGAGUGGGUCCGCGGAGGAAUGGUUCAAGAAGUUGGAACCAGGAUCAGUGGACUGCUGGAACAAGUUGCAAGUUAGUUUUCGGAGACAGUUUGUCGUCGCGAGAAAGGUUAAUCUUGAGAGGUUUAAGGAAGAAGCCUCGAAAGCUAUGAAAGUUGAUGACGGACAACAGCUUGCACUUCUUCAAGCAGGGAUCCGUACAGGGACUCCAUUCUGGAACGAAUUACAGCAAGAAGGAGCCUCCAACCUUCAAGACUUCCAGAAGAGAGUCCAAAAGUACAUCAACUUAGAAGAGGCCCAAAUAGUGGCUUAUGGGGGAUACUAUCUGACCGGAAUAGCAGGGUAUGCGCCCGGAGUCCAACUCCCAGGAACCCUACCAACGACUACUCCACCAAUGAGCGGCAUACAAUUCUCCGCUACCCCAGGAUAUAAUCAGAGCCAGGCAUUGGCUCUUGCAUCUUCUCAUUAUGGGAAUCCUUCUGGGAUAAAUGGACAAGUCUCGUCUCACUCCGCUCCUGCUGCAAGCCUAGCGGGACCUUCUCAAGGCUCUCGGAGCAAGAGGUCCUCAAAAGGUAGCAACCAGACGGAGGACAAGCGACAGAAAAGGGGGUACACUCCCCAAUACACCCAGUACAUGGAACUGACGAACUCCCAGGAACGCGUGCAUUUUGCCACUAGGCAAAAUACGCACUACCGGAGACCGCCUUCUCUGUACAGAGAUAGCUCCCGAAGGGAUCUCAACAAAAGAUGCGAAUACCAUAACGACAUUGGACACAACACCAAUGAAUGCAAAAACCUUAAAGAUGAGAUCGAAAACUUGAUUCGAUUGGGUCAUCUCUACGAGUGGAUUAAGAACCGGUUGCCUCAUCUCAACCCGAUUUCGGCAGCAGGACCUUUGCCCCAAGAAGUGCCAGGGGGUGCGUCCGGAGCGUUGGCACCAGUCGCUCCCCCAGGGGAACCUCAGCAGAUUCGUGGCCUGCCAUUGAGACCCAAUGGAAGAGUAGCUAUGAUCUCUGGAGGACCCCAUAUCAGAGGGACUACCCGAAAGGAAUUGAAGCGCUACGCCAGGGCCGUAAAACACAGUGAGGUUUGGCAAGUUACUCAGCUCCCAGCUCAGAGGCCCCGACUCAUGGAUCAACCCAUUACGUUCAUAGAAGAAGACACAAAGACGGUGUGUUUUCCUCACCAUGACCCUCUGGUCAUAGAGACUCCCAUCGCCAACAAGAUUGUGGCUAGAAUCCUAAUCGACAAUGGGAGUUCUGUGAAUUUGUUAUUUAAAGAAGCCUUCACGGCGAUAGCCCUCACGGACAAAGAUCUCUCGCCAAGUGGUUCCCAACUCACAGGGUUCAAUGGGACAAAACUUACCCCAAUGGGAAAAGUGAGGUUGCCAGUAACCCUGUGCCCGGACACACCCCAAAGCACUUUUAAAUACUGCACAUUGGUGGUGGUAGACUGCCCGACUGCUUACAACGCAAUCCUCGGAUGA